AUGGACUUGGAUGUUGAACUACUAAUACCAGUUUCGGAACCAAAACGCAAAAAGGUACAUUUUUUGUUCUUGUAAAGCACCGUGGUCGCACUUGGAAUGGCUCGAAUCAUGAAUUUUCAAUGUCUCUAGACGUUAGUCGUUUUUGGUCGGUCGCACGUUAAACUUAUAUUUUUGUCGUCAAGCCAUUCCACGUGCGACUUGAGUUUUCCAGAACAAUUUCUACUAAUAAGAAAAGGAAAUUUAAGUUAUGGCAAAAUGUAUUUACCGUUCAAUUUGGAGCCAUGUUGCUGCUCACUUCUCAACAGACUGGAAUGCCUUUUUUGGUCCGAGCGGCUAAUGAGGUUUUCCUUAAAGACUGUGGAGUAAAGUUCGAAAUCGACUUGAUUUCCAGAACAAAUUUCUUCGGACAACUAGCGUUUUUAUGAUGGAAGUUAUAAAAUUGUCGAUUUGUUUAACAGUGACAACGAUAAAGUGCAGAUCUAUAUCUGGGUGGAGUUUUUUUUUUAAAUAGAAAAAAAAUGAGGUUGAGAGAACAACGGUGGCCUGAAGAGACGCCAGAGAAACUGCCGGUCUUUCUUUCUCUGGCGCCUCUCUUGCCGCAAUACUCUCUCGCUUACGUGAUUUUUGCCUGGAAGUAUUGUAAGAAGACUUCCAAUAGACGCAAAGAGAUAAGAGGUUUCCUGAAGAGACGCCAGAGAAGUGUACUUCUCUCUUUCUCUGGCGUCUCUCUUGUCGCAAUACUCUCUCGCUGUAGUUCAUGUUUACGCGGUUUUUGGUCAUAAAAAGGACAGCGGCUUCAAUUUCCAAAAAUAGAUUUUUCUCGGACGUUAGGAUCCUUUUUUAUAAAUAUUAAUUUUUCAACUUUUUCAGCACAUAUCGUGAGCUCAAAUCGUCAAUUUGGGGCCACAAAAUUGAAACUUUGAAGGUCACUUUCCCAGAAAAAACUUUGAUUAUUCGAAAAAUUUUCAGAUCUGCAUUCCCGCGAUAGUUUACGCCAUCCAGAACAAUCUCUACUACAUCGCGUUGGCGAACAUCGACGCGACGACGUAUACGGUGAGUCGAGCCGCGACGCGACCGCAAACGCGCCACCAUUCUAGGUAACCUACCAACUUAGGAUCAUCACGACGGCUCUUCUUUCCGUCUGCCUUCUCCAUCAGAGACUGACGAUCGAACAGUGGGGCUCGCUGUUCGUUUCGUUGGCCGGCGUGAUUUUCGUUCAGGUUGGUGGUACUCUCACUGUCUGCGCUCUCUUUUUCCCUUUUUGAUGAGAGAGAGAGAAGGGAGAGGGUGCAGACAGGUCAGACUGUUCUUAAUCGAUGAAGAGCAACAUGUGGUUAUAGCGGAUAGGACUCCGACUUGUCUAGCUGUUUGCACUCUCUCCAUCUCCCGAAAAGAGAAAAGAGAGUGCAGACACGUCAGACAGUCCCACCUUGUAGUGAAUGAACUAUACUAUUGAAUUGUAGAGAAAGCUCGUAUUUUGUGUAGGCCAACAGUUCAUGAAGCUUUCUAACUGCCUGCGCUCUCUUUUUCCCUUUUUGAUGAAAGAUAAAAGGGAGAAAGAGAGUGCAGACAUAGGGUACGCAAGCCAUUUCUUCAAAACGAUCCAAAAAAUAUGUUUUUUACACUGUUCGAUAGAGGAGACUGUCCAUUUUCAUAAUCCGUUCAGUUUUAGAAAAAAGGUUCACUAAGAAAAAAGUUAUGGCCAAAAAACUAGCGCGCGCGGCGUACAACUGGAGGCAAAAUCUCACGGUUUACCCGCUGCCGCACGCUUUCUUUUAAAAUGUUUUUGCGCAUUUCUGAACCGUUUUCAAAUCGGUUUUUUGUUCUGAGAGGUUGUCCGAACUGAGCUUCAUGUUUUGGUAUGAAUCUUUUGUACAAUCCUCAUAAGAAUAUUUGAUAAAAUAUCAAAAAAACCACUUAGAAAAAAAAGGUCAGAAGGAAUUUUCAGCUUAUUUUUUUCUUUUUUUCUAAUCAGAAAAAAAUUAUUAUCAUUCGAUUUGGAUGAAAGAAAAAAAUGAAAAAAAUAAUGUUAUUUCGAAAUAAAACAGGAAAAUGUGCAAUUUGACUCCAAAAAAACGGCUCCUGCAACAUUUAAAAAGUGCGCAUCGGUGUGUUUGACGCAAACACAGCUACGAACGCUUGCACGAAUUCUUCCGAAAUUUCAAAAAAAUUGCCAUUUUUUUCGAGGUUUUUCAAAGCCGUUAUUUUUUCGCGUCGAUCGAUUUUUUUCAUAAUUUUUUUCAUUGAUAGAGUUUUGAACGCUUAAUAACAUGAGCAAAAAAAGUAUAGACGCGAUCCUAUUCUCUCAUGCGUCAACGAGGCAGGCGAAAAAAAGGAGGUUUUGGUAAAAUUCAAAUAUAAUUUGAUUCGCUGUCCCAAUAAUUAUUUUUCAUUUUGAAUUUUUUUGUUUGUGAGCAAAUUGUGAGUUUUUUUAAAUCAAAUAAAAAAAGUAUACCAUGUCGCUGAAAUUUUUUUCGCAUUUCAGCUUCAAAGUUUGGUGUCACUUUACAAGCUUCGAUUUUUUUUUCGCGUCGUUAGAUUUUUUAAAAUUUUUUUUCAAAAAAUAAAGAAAGUGUUAAUGUAUAACAUACUCAAAAUUCGGAAGCGUUCCUCACUUGGUUUUUCAGAAACGCCACGAUUUUUGUGAAACUCGACAGUUUUUUUCGUGUUAAAUCUUACUUUUUUUCGUUGAUUUUUGAAAAAUACAUAGUUUAAAAGUUUUUCAGUCUUGUAGAGCGUUGUCGAUUACAUAGAUUAACAGAAGCAAUUUAUUUUUAAAGUUGAACUUUAGCUACUAUAAACGCCUCAAAACCGUUUUUGCAACAAAAAAAUCGUCAUUUUGGUGGCGUGAAGAGGCGGGGCUUUGCGCCCCCUAUGCAGACAGGUCAGACUGUUCUUUAUCGAUGAUGAGAAGUAUGUGGUUAUAGCGGAUAGUACUCCGACUUGUCUAGCUGUUUGCACUCUCUCUAUCUCUCGAAGAGAGAAAAGAGAGAAAGAGAGCGCAGACAAGUCAGACAGGCCCGCCUUGUAGUGAAUGAAUUAUAUUAUUGAAUUGAAUUGAAGAGAAAGCUCGUAUUUUGUAAGCCAAUAGUUGAUGAAGCUCUAUGACCGUCUGUUUUCUUUAUUUCUCUCUUUGACGGAAAAAAAGAAGUACUUUUUUUUGAUUUUAGGUAGAUAAAAGUGAGUCGAAUAAAGAUUCGGUGGAUGGAAACCAUUUUCUCGGCGUCGUUGCAACUUUGAUCACCUGUUGGACCAGCGCUUUUGCAGGUUUUAUUUUUUGCAUUUUUUUGAAAUAGUCCAUUCAUUAUCAUCUUCUUUUAAGACUUCAAAAAAAGGUUAAGAUUUUGCCCUAAAACGAAGGACAAUAUCCUUUAAAAGACUUUAGUAGAUUUUUCUAGGCUUCACAGGUGUAAAAUGACCGAAUCAGAACCUGAACUUUUUAUAUUUUUUAGGAGUCUACUUUGAAAAAGUGAUCAAAAAGUCGUCAGCCGAUGUUUGGGUCCAAAAUAUCCGUUUAUCGAUCCUGACGCUGACUUUUGCUGCCUUCACAAUGAUUGGAGCUGAUCACAAGGCGAUUUUAAAAGGUUUUUUUUUCCAGGGACUUCAUCUUGAUCUCAGAAAAGGGAAUAGAAAAGCUCUGCGAAAGUCGUAAAAUACAUGUAAAAGUAAAGUUUAACUCGAAAAACCAAAAAGCCUUGGAAAAUGGCUCAAAGCUCUGCUUUUGACGGGAAAAAUAGUAUUAGAAAAAAAAGGUUCCCAAAAUUUUGGAGCCCGAGAUUUUCUUUUGCUUUCAUUUUACUAAAUUUUGAACAGAAGAGUUGCAGACGGAAUGUUCCAAGGGUGGGGUCCGAUAGUCUGGACCGUCACCGUCAUCAACGCUAUAGGAGGUCUUUGUGUGACGGUCGUGGUCAAAUACGCCGACAAUGUCAAGAAAACCUACUGUCAAUCCAUCGCUAUAGGUGAUUUUAUUGAGUUUUCAUAUUUCUCAGUUUUCUUGUGCAAACUCCCUAAGGGACCACUUUACCAACCUCUGUAGGGGUCACUUGAGAUUGCAAAAGUGGUCCCUAUGGGGAACAUGCUAGUCGAUAAUUUUUAUGUACUCUAUGCGAAAGCUAAAUAAGUAAGCUUUUUUAAAAUGAAGUUGAAAGACCCCUAUAGGGACCACUUAAGCUUUAGGGGCUAAGGGGUCCGACCUCGAACUCCUAUAGGGACCACCUUGGUUUUACCCCUCUAGGGACCAAUCUUUCGGCCCCUAGGCGGGGCUCUUCCCCCCUCCCUUCUUACCCCUACAGGGACCACUCUGGAGCUCCUAAGUCAGAAUAAAGAAAAAUAAUAAUAAUUUCAGUACUAACCGCCUUGAUCUCAGUGUGGCUUGGAGAACGGGAGCCGACGCUAAUGUUAAUCGAAGGCGUUCUCAUGGUCGUUCUAGCCGUUUUUAUUUAUUCUUGUUAUCCGCCAGCUUCAAAAGAUAGACCUUGUAGCCUUCUAGAGGAAUAGUUCAUUAAUUAUUUCACAAUAUUCAGUUUCUAGCCUUUUAUAUGUACCUCAUACGUGUCCCUCUCACUAAUCACCUCAUAUCACUUAAUCAUGUCUAAUAAAUGUUUUUGCGCUUUCGAAAACUCGAAAAAUCAUUUUAUUGAGUCCAUCUAAUCAGGAAACAACAUUUUUGGGGGCUGAUGUAAGCUUGAACCACUAUAGGGACCACUAUAGGGAAAUAAUUAGUUGACACACAGUCCUAGCACUUGAAUAGCUCGAUUUGAAUCCCUAAAGUGACUUCUUUGCCGCUUAUAAACAUCACUAGAAGCUUGAAAUGCUAUGGAAAUCACUGGAAAUUUUUUCAGAAGCGAUUAAUGAUUUUCGUUGAUUUUUAAAGGCAUGUUUUUCAUCACUAUAAUUUUCAUCACUUCAUCUGGAGCUUUCUGAUCACUUAGCAGGUGCUCUCCAGCAUUACUAAAAACUCAAACCCCUCAGGCCUCCCUGAAAAUUCUUCCAGAAGUUUCUCAGAACUUUCUGAAGAUUUCUGAUCUCCUGGCAGGUGUGACUACGCAAUCGAAAGAUCUAUCACCUUCUGUCCACGUUCCUGGCCUUCAAUCUACGUAGACGCUUAUCAAAUCUAUCCACAUCGUCUUUUGGCAAGCGUUUUCAUCCGACUGAUGAUCAAGAACACAAAUUCCUCCCGCCUACUUCUGCCAAAUGAACGUUCUUCUUUACGUUGUCAAAUAGUCUUAUAUGAUUUAUUCUUCCUCUAUACUGCAGAUGAAUAUAUUUUUAUUCAUUUUCUCAGUUUUGCUGGUUAGACAUUCGGAACAGUGUAUGAAGACGAUACCUGGUGAAACGAUCACUUCGACGUCAACAACGACGUUUUCUACUACCGUUUGCGAAGGUGAGAAACCAUUUUUUUUCGAAGUUUAUGUGAGCGAAAUUCUUAAAAAAAAACUUUUCCAUAAAGUUCGAUUAUCACAAUUCUUCUGUAUUAUUUUUAAAAAAAAUAGAAAAAUUUGUCCUAAUAAAAAAAUUUUUGCGCGGCAAAAUACAAUCACACGUCGCUGUGUUUGCGUACUUCGUAAAUAUACUUCAAAAACGGCUCCUAAUUCAAUUUUUUUUUCUUUUCUUUUUUUCCAACGUUUUUUUUAUGUUUAAAAGUUUUUGUUGAGAUUUUUUCGAAGCGCAUAAAUAUUACAUUACUUGGAAUAUCGCUGAAACACGGUGUUUCUUUUGCGACGCCCCGCCCACUUUUCUCCGUCAAUUAGGACGUGUUUAGUGCAUGCACAAAAAAUUUGGAAAAUAAGGUUAACCGAUGAUAUAAGUGUGAGAAACGAAUGAACAUUGAAGAAAAAAAAGACGAGGAAAUUAAAAGAGAUUAAAUAAAACUAUAUUGCUGUGGAGAAACAAAUAAAAAGAUGUUUUUACAGCAAGUACUUUUUUUAUUAUAAAAAGUUGACGGAAUAUCCGGAUAUAAAUGAAUUCCGGAACAUACUUUCUCAACUUCACAGACUUUUUUUCAUGUAACUUCAUCUCAUUGAUGUCCACAACCUAGGAAUCUGAACAAUCGACAAAAAAAUAGAAUAAGAAAAACAUAAAAUGGGGUGAAACAUGUUCCAUACAAACAGGUGGAGAUUUUUCAAAACGCUUCUUCAUCACGAGUUUUUAAAGUUAGCCUCACAGAACUACUUUCAAAAAAACGUCUAACAACCCAGAGUAUACCCCGAUCGUGGUCCCGCAAUACUAUCAGCAAUCUACGAAAAUAAAAAAAGUGAAAAAAAUAUGAAAAAAAAUUGACAAAAAAAUCAAAAAAAUAAAGCCACUUUUUCAAAUUUCGCGGGCGAAUUUCGAGAAGUGCGCAGACUUUGCCGAGUUUCAAAUUCCUUGCAUUUUCUUCAACUGGCAGAAACGCCGUGGAAACGGCUUUUCGUUUUGAGACCUUUUUGAAAAUAGUUGAAAAAAAAUUUUAACAGCUCAAUGUGAUUCAAAUAUGAAUCAAGUGGUUAGCUUCAAAUUUUUUUCAGGCGUGGAAUAAUUUGAUUCGAAAUGCACGUUUAAAAAGUGUAUUGAUUUCCAAGUUUUUUUUUCGCGAUUUUUGCAAAUAACGGAUCCAAUUUUGAUAUUCCUAUCAAAUUACGAAUCUUUACAUUUUGCAAAAUAGUUGAUAAAUGAUACUUUUGCCUGCCCUAGACUGAAUAUUUUGUUUUCCAUUCAAGGAUGUGUUGAUUAUUUUUCGAAAAUUUAAGUUGAUAAUUUUCUACAGUACGUAUUUUUAUCAGCAGAAGUUUUUUCUUUGAGUUUAGAUGAUCCUCCAGCUCCAACUCCCUUACCAACUUCAAGCUUAUCAUCUACCUCGACUUUAACUCCGAGCUCCACCUCUAGUUCAACUUCAACUUCAACCUCAACUUCUACUUCUACUUCUACUUCCACUUCUACAUCGACAUCUACAUCCACCUCGACCUCAACCUCGACCUCGACUUCUACUUCAACUACGCCAGCUCCAACACCUCCUCCGACAUCUCCUCCAACACCUCCUCCGACACCUCCUCCAACACCUCCUCCAACACCUCCUCCAACACCGCCUCCAACAGAUCCGCCUACGACUCCAGGCGGUCCUGCACCACGUGAUUAUAACUCUAAAAUCGACCUGAUAUUAGCUUUUUUCAGCUUGCGGCGUUUGCAAAGUGACCGAUGUUGA